CUGGCUAGCUGGGACCUCCCUCUGCCUCUGGUUGAAAGGAUCACGGACUAGAUGGGAAGACCGUGGAACCCUCUCCGAAGCUUCUGAAGAACUAAGGACAUUCAAGACUAAGGUACAGAAGCACUAAGUCCCCAUGGCUUCGCUGAGCCGAGCCCUACGCGUGGCUGCCACCUGUCCUCAAGGGAUAUCUGUUCGGAACCUGGGACUGCAGCCCCUAGCCAGGGAUACCCGGCCCACUGCCGAGAAGAAUGUUCCAUACCAGCGGACCCUGAAGGAGAAGGCACAAGGCUCCUCGGUGGUGCCCCAAGGACCAAGCCAGCCCCUGCCUAGCACGGCCGAUGUUGUGGUCAUUGGCGGGGGCAGCUUAGGCUGCCAGACCCUGUACCACUUGGCCAAGCUGGGUGUAGGUCGUGCGGUGCUGCUGGAGAGAGAGCGACUGACGUCCGGGACCACCUGGCACACAGCAGGCUUAUUGUGGCAGCUGCGGCCCAGCGAUGUGGAGGUAGAGCUUCUGGCCCACACACGGCAAGUGGUGAGCCAUGAUCUGGAGGAGGAGACUGGGAUGCACACAGGCUGGAUCCAGAACGGUGGCCUCUUCAUCGCCUCCAACCGGCAGCGCCUGGAUGAGUACAAGAGGCUCAUGUCGUUAGGCAAGGCCUAUGGGGUAGAAUCCCAUGUGCUGAGCCCAGCGGAGACCAAGGAUCUAUAUCCACUGAUGAACGUGGACGACCUCUAUGGAACCCUGUAUGUGCCAAAGGAUGGUACCAUGGACCCUGCCGGCACCUGCACUACCCUCACCAGGGCAGCAGUGGCUCGAGGAGCUCAGGUCAUCGAAAACUGCCCAGUGACUGGCAUCCGCGUGCGGGUGGAUGACUUUGGAGUGCGGCGGGUGGCAGCCGUGGAGACAGAGCAUGGCUCCAUCCAGACAUCCUGCGUGGUCAACUGUGCAGGAGUGUGGGCGAGCACUGUAGGUCAGAUGGCUGGGGUGAAGGUACCACUGGUGGCCAUGCACCAUGCCUACGUUGUUACUGAGCGCAUCGAGGGCAUCCAGAACAUGCCCAAUGUCCGAGAUCACGAUGCCUCUGUCUACCUCCGCCUGCAGGGCGAUGCCUUAUCUGUGGGUGGUUAUGAGGCCAACCCCAUCUUCUGGGAGGAGGUAUCAGACAAAUUUGCCUUUGGCCUCUUUGACCUGGACUGGGAUGUGUUCACCCAGCACAUCGAAGGUGCCAUUAACCGUGUCCCUGUGCUGGAGAAGACGGGGAUCAAGUCCACUGUCUGUGGCCCUGAAUCCUUCACGCCCGACCACAAGCCCCUGAUGGGGGAGGCUCCUGAGCUCCGUGGAUUCUUUCUUGGCUGUGGCUUCAACAGCGCAGGCAUGAUGCUGGGCGGUGGCUGUGGGCACGAGCUGGCCAAUUGGAUUGUCCAUGGGCGCCCGGAGAAGGACAUGUACAGCUAUGACAUCAGACGCUUCCAUCACUCGCUUACGGACCACUCCCGUUGGAUCCGUGAGCGCAGCCAUGAAUCCUAUGCCAAGAACUACUCAGUUGUCUUCCCCCACGACGAGCCACUGGCAGGACGCAACAUGAGGAAAGAUCCCCUGCAUGAGGAGCUGCUUGGACAAGGCUGUGUGUUUCAAGAACGACAUGGCUGGGAACGGCCGGGAUGGUUCAAUGCCCAGGAAACAGCUCCGGUCCUUGACUACGACUACUACGGGGCCUAUGGAAAGCAAGCGCACAGGAACUACGCCUACAGCAGGCUGCUGGGGGAUGAGUACACUUUCGACUUCCCACCCCACCACCACGUGAUCCGGGAGGAAUGCCUGGCCUGCCGACGGGCUGCUGCCGUGUUCAACAUGUCUUACUUUGGGAAGUUCUACCUGCUGGGGGUGGACGCCAGGAAGGCCGCUGACUGGCUCUUCUCAGCAGAUGUCAACCGACCCCCAGGCUCAACUGUGUACACGUGUAUGCUGAACCACCGGGGAGGCACAGAGAGCGACCUGACCGUCAGUCGCCUGGCCCCUGGCACCCAGGCCAGUCCCCUGGCCCCUGCCUUUGAAGGGGAUGGCUACUACCUGGCUGUGGGUGGAGCUGUGGCCCAACAAAACUGGUCCCACAUAACAACGGUUCUACAGGAUCAGAAGUUCCAGUGCCAACUUCUGGACAGUUCUGACGAUCUGGGCCUCCUCAGUAUCCAAGGCCCAGCCAGCCGUGCCGUUCUCCAGGAUGUGCUUGAUGCUGACCUGAGCAACGAGGCCUUCCCCUUCUCCACCCACCAGCUGGUGAGAGCAGCAGGGCACCUGGUCCGGGCCAUACGGCUAUCCUUUGUGGGGGAACUGGGCUGGGAGCUGCAUGUCCCCCGUACAUCCUGCUUACCAGUGUACCGGGCUGUGAUGGCUGCAGGGGCCAAGCAUGGCCUGGUCAAUGCAGGCUACCGUGCCAUUGACUCCCUGAGCAUUGAGAAAGGCUAUCGACACUGGCAUGCAGACCUGAGGCCUGACGACAGCCCCCUGGAGGCAGGAUUGGCCUUCACCUGUAAGCUCAAGUCCUCAGUGCCCUUCCUCGGCCGUGAAGCCUUGGAGAAGCAGCGUGCCACGGGCCUCUACCGACGCCUGGUAUGCCUCACUGUGGACGAGGAGGUGCCUAUGUUUGGCCUGGAGGCCAUCUGGAGAAAUGGCCAAGUGGUGGGCCAUGUCCGGAGGGCUGACUUUGGGUUCGCCGUGAACAAAACCAUCGCCUAUGGCUACAUCCGAGAUCCCAGUGGUGGGCCGGUCUCUCUGGACUUUGUGAAGAGUGGGGAGUAUGCCUUGGAGAGAAUGGGGGUCACCUAUCCCGCCCAGGUUCACCUGAAGUCUCCCUUUGACCCUGACAACAAGAGGGUGAAGGGCAUCUACUGAGCUGCAGGGUGGAGGCUACCGCUGCUCAGGCCAUCGGAAGCUGCUACACCUCAGCGCUGCCUGCCAACUCCCGCACUGCACAAAUGGCCCUGUGUCUUGAGACCCAGGACAUGGGCAAAACAUAGCUUUCCCUACCCUUAGCCUCCAUUUGGUCCUGCUAGCCAUCCCAGCUCCUAACCAGGACUGGAUGGACCACGAUGUUGCUCCUGCUCACAGACCACACAGUGGUCUCCAAUCCACCUAGUCCUCCCCAAAAUGUACCCUGCAGCUAUCUUAGCUCAGGAUCCCCAUGAGUAUCUCAGAAUACCCCCAAGAUAGGAGCCAGAAGUCAGAAGCCUCCCCUCCUGUUCCAUAAUAAGCAGGAGUUGAUGAGCAAUGUCUGCCACGGGUGUAGGAUGGAGAGCAGAGAUAUUUGCUGGACUGGGGCAGUCCUUCCUCAGGAUAGCUGCCUUUCAGACCAGAGAGGAGUGGGUAUUAGAAAGUUCUUGCCUUAAGCUUCCAGGUCUGCAGGAGAGAAAACCCGUCCGAGAGUCACCAGCCCGUGACAUGGGGGCACAUGGCAUGGGAUUCAGAUCAGGAACCUCCAUCACUUACACAGAAGUACAGACUUCUGUCUCAGUUUCCCCUGAAGCCAUUGCUCAUAGGUCCAGGGACACCACGCUUGCGGUUAUGCACAGACCUUCUGCAAGGCUCAUUUCUAAGGACUUUUGCCUUACAGAUGCAUCCUUCUCACCCCGCCUCCGGAGAGGGCGCGGCUCUAGCUCUGCCCUGGAAGUCAGAGCGACUCCUCUCGCCUUGUGUGACCAGCUACACCUGCCCGCGUGUCAGGAGUGACCCUGUUUCUCUUCCUGGGGUGAACAUCUGUCACUUUUUAAUAGACCCAGCCUUCCUCUUCUGCCUCACACCCUGACUUAGAAACUAGGAUUCUGUGACCGCCUAAACAAAGGUCAGCAUGCCUUGUAGUCUAGGAGAGCAGGGGGCAAAGGCUAGGGCAGUAUGGAGCUGGGCUCUCCUAAACCCAAAGAAGGCAGCAGAGGGGAGAAUUGGGCACGGUUGUCCUGGGUGGGCUCUGAAUCUUCACAGGCUCAUAUACCACACACUGAGCUGGAAAAGGUCAAGCUAAUAAAAUUGAAACCAUGGAAAGA